AAAACAUUAUACUAAUGGCAGCUGCAGUUCAAGUUUAUUCAGAUGCCAUCAGAAAAACAUUAGAGGCAACAUUAUGUUUGAGAGCAUUUCCAUCAGAAAUAAUUGAAAAAUAGAGCAAGCCAGAAAUUGAAUUGAAUGGGUAAUAAUAAUCAUUUCUAUCAUAUUUAGUUAUUCAUCAAAAACUAGACAACUAGUUUUGUCACCUAUAUAUUUAUGUAGAGGUGAAAAAGAAAAAUGCGUUAUUGAACCUUCGAUUAAUUCGACAAGAGUAAUUCUAUAUUAUAGAAUCUAUAGAUAAGCUUUUCAAUUAAAGCCUUAGAUGAAGUUGAUAAAUUAAUAGGCGAGAAAUUCGCCAAGUAUCUAGCCGUGAGAGCUGAUUAUUUUGAAAUUUUGAGAAGGAAACCAAUCCCAGUAAGUUUUUCAUCUUAACAAUUUAGGGAUAUGAUAUAAGUUUCUUGAUUUUAGAUUCUCAUUUAGAAAAAUACAGUGUUCAAGGGAUUAUUAAUUUUAUUAUAGAUUAUGUGGAGAAUAUAGAUAAGGAUCUUAGUGAUAUCAAAUUGAAUAUAAAUACCCAAGCAAGAAUUACAGCUGCUUGCUUUGUAGGAGGUUUGGCAAAUCAAUGA